AUGCGAUGCGCGAGCAAGGCCGUCGAGAGCGCGUCCACAAGUCUCUGUGCGGACGCCGAAGCAGAAACCACAGCAACUGAUGUCUCAUCGGUUGCUGAAGCGACUCAGCCUGUGUCACCUGGUGAUGCAGGCGCUCGUCAUGAAGACACUCAUGUCUUCACAGAGUAUGAGCUCGGUGUCUCAUACUCUCCUGAUACGGAAGACGGAUCCGUAUCGACGGCGAUCGAAUCCACGCCGCCUGCCAAGCGUGGCAUGGAUGAUGCUCUGCGUCGCAGCAUCUUUGGUUCAUCUAAUUCAUCAGAUGAACCAUCGCCGAAGCGAAGGCGCUCGAAGUCGCAAGACUCGGGCGCUAACAGUGGUGUCGGUUCUCCUAUUGACACCACUUCGCAACAAGGUGCCAGUCCUUCUGUCGGCACGUCGCAUGAAGAGCGGAACAGCAGUGUGUUGCGUCUCACUCCCGAGAAGAAGGCAUGGAUGCUUCCUAAAUCCGUCAUGGAUCACUUGUCGGCGACGACGAGUGAUCGUUAUCGAACACGAUCAUUCGAUUCGUCAAGGAUCCAUCACCUUGGCCCCAGUGCGGAAGACUAUCGCGCUGAGCAUGAUUUCUUCAUCGAUGCUUUCUUUAAGCAUCGAUGGUACAGUGGGGAUCACAAACGUGAUGGUCCCUCACUGCUUCAAGCGUGGAACGCUUACAUCCAUAACCUAGACGAUGUAGGUCGUGACGUUUGGAAUGACGAACUUGUCAAAGCUCGUGAUAAGUUUGAAAAGAGAACCCCGACAGACUCGUGCCCAUGUUGUGUGAACAACUCUGCACAAGCACCUAAGGAGGCUUACCUCCUUACUAGCCCGUGGUGGCGCGUACGUAUCUCUAGUGAGAUGUACGAAGGGAUUGACAACCUGAAAUCCCUUUAUGAUCGUGCCGGGAAGACUUUCUCCGGCGGUCCUUCUGCGGCACAGGAUGUGCCGCGUCGUACUGCUCGACCAGACCCAGUACGUCAACCAUCAGUUGGGAGCGGGGCUCCCAAGUAUCCCAGGACGGGAGAUAGCCGCGCCACCGGACGAGGUGACUCGUCCGACGUCCUUUCACGUCGUGGUGGUUCAACAGCUGCUCAACCAGAUAGCGCUGGCCACCGCGAGAGUCCUCUAAUGAAGGUGGAGGAGGAGGGAAGACGCUCUCCACACAAUCGUGGGGAAGCGUGUGUUCCCGAGAGCAUCUUUGAUCGCGUAACGCAAGGGUUACGCGGCGAUCUCGAACAUGAGUGGGACAGGCGUCUCCAACUGGCGGACGCUGUCUCGAAGCAUCGAGAUGAGUAUGCUUUUGCUCAUCUUGAGAACGAGAGAGCUCUGACGUCUCUGCGUGACGAGCUAAGGGUAGCUCGUGUGGAUAUUGACCGGUCUCGGGCUGAGCUAACUGCUAUUCAGACCCUUGUCGAUGCCCACCAUCGGGAGCACAAGGCUCUCUGCGAGAUGCUUGAGCGCGAGGGCGUUCUUCAUCGGAAGAAGCAGCGUACUGAUGGUACAGCUUAA